CAAAUUCCGAACCAAUCAAUCACGAUCGGGGAGCUGCAUUAUAUAAAGUCAAACAUUCCGCGGAAUCAAAGGUGGAGAAAUACUCUCCUGUAGCUCCCCAAUUCAUUUACAAUCGAGGAUCGUAGAGUGACGAGAGAAGGUCUCAUGGAUCCAGGACAGAACCGGAUGGAAGGUGCUGAAGGUGGGGUAGCUCGGCUCCGCAAAAGGCUUUCUUGAUCUACCCGGCGAAAUCAGGAACAUGGCCUAUGCGCUCGUUAUCCUGGAGGGAUGUUUCGCUCUGCCUGCAGACGUCGAAUGCAGCUCCGCCAGCACGAACAACGAUGACGGAUGCGAAAAUCAGAAUUUCGAUAUCGAUUGGGCUGAGCAGUUCACCCACCACCGCCAUCUAAACGAGAUCGCCAUCGACCAGGCCGGACGUCUCCAUACUAACAUCCCGCCGUUGAGCCUAACGUGCAACGCAAUCUUCCAAGAGAUGCACCCGCGCUUCCCUCAAGAAUUCGUCGUUCAUGUUACUCACAACAACAUCCGUCCCUUCUUCGAUCGGCGAGGGAUCUUCCACGAUAUCGAGCGACUAUCCGGUGUGAAGUUCACCGAGUGGAACACGACGGUUGUGCUUCACGGGGUCUCGAAAGCAACAGGUAGAGCAGAUGCGCCCGAUAUCAGGCUCUCCAAUCUCAAAUGGUGGUUCACGAGGUGCUGGGUUGACGGCUACCCGGCGUUCGAUGCGGAGUUGUACUACGUAUGGAAUCCAACGCCCUUGUCGCCCGGGGGCACGAACUGGGGCCAUCCAGACCCCCAUCCCACAGAGCACAACCCCGCAGUAUUCCAGCGAAAGUGCAUCGAUCUCCUCCGAUAUCUAAAGAUGCUUCACGAGACCAAUAUCGAACUAUGGCUUGAAUGGACGCUCGAGCUCAUCCAACAGUGGAAUCGCAUCAAUGAUCAACGCGAAAUCAUCACCUCGGCCGGCGCAACGGGGAAGCCAAUGGUUAUCGACUACGCCGAAACCGUUGGGUUGAUGUUCGAUGCCAUAAUAGGUAUCUGCAACACGGUAUACCGCCCGCACCUCGAUCUUAGGGAUCGAAACAUCAUAUCCCUGGGAAACUCGAUUCAUAUGUUGCUAGAAGCGGCUGUACAGGCGGCUUUUGGUGAUGCAUUCCUGGCUUCGAAGAGGAGCCAAUUCUUGUCGUCGCUUCCCACUGCCGGGCGGAGGCGCGCUGGUUGA